AUGUCACGACGGGUCCGUGUUGCCUUCGGCUGGCCAAAGCAUGGUCAUUGUGCGGAUGGGUCAUGUCCACGCCAAAGCCAAGCAGGACAGCGCACCCGCACAUCCUUUCAACGAGCCAUGUGCCUGCAGCAGGCAGCAUGUCUAUGCCAUGAUCGAGUUGGGGUUCUGUGGCGGAGCCGACGCGCUGACAGCUCCAAAACAGUCUCCAACAGAUCCGCGACAAGACAUGCUGGGCAAGACGGCGAUCGUAGCAUCGUUGUCGGUCGGUCGGGCGUGUGCCGAACGUAG